AUGGCCUCGGCGGGGUUCCUGUGGGGCUUCCUCCUCGGCCUGCUCGCGCUGGCCGCGGCCGAGGCGGCCGCGCUGCUCUGGGCCGCGCGCCGCCUCCUCCGCCGCCAGGAGGCCGCCGCGAACUCGGCCCCGCCCGACGGCGACCAGGAGCUCCCCGGCGAGCAGCCGUUCCCCUGCGAGAAGAAGGGCUCUCUGUGGAUACUAGAGCCAGAAAAGCUACCGAAAGUUAGUAAUGAGCGCUUAUCAAGUGGUGGUCCCAAAGAGACAAAGGAAAAGAAGAGUAUUGUGGAGGUUUUUCCUGCAAAGAAAUCGGCUAAAAUCAAAGGGCACUCACUUACUUUGUCUGGUCCUGAUGGCCCUGAAACUACAAUUGAGCUUUUGAAUUGCACGAUCGUUGCUGUUUCUGCUUCAAGCAUGUCCUCGCGCAAAUGGACUAAGAGGUAUCCGAUAAAAGUGGAAAGCCAGGAAUCUGACAUCUAUAAUGGAAGCAAGGUGUGCUUUCUUUAUGCUGAGACUUCAUGGGAGAAGGAAUCAUGGUGUAAAGCACUUCGUCUUGCAGCUACUGCUGACAAGAAGAAAUUGAAUUGGCAUGCUAAGUUGAGCAAAGAGUUCGGUAAUUACAUAUCAUCAUUAAAUGCCGAAUACCCGUGUUUCCUAAAGCCGACAGCAAUUUCUGCUGAGGAUCAUGAGGUUAUGGACAGUGAAAUAAAGACGGAUGGGUCUUCCAAAGUCCGUCUUUUCCUCAAAAAACUAGCAAAGAAGGCAUCUACAAAGGUUCCCGUGGAGGGUAAAACAAGUGCUACUUCAUCCACACAAGGUGAAAGGAAGAUGUUAGAUAAAAUACGCAGCUAUCAGGGUGCACCAUUUAUUGAAUCCUUACUAGGUCCGCAAGAGGACAAGUUCAGUAGCAGCUCAUCACAAGAUACAGCAAAACCCAGUGUCCCAACUGUUGCUUCGAGUCACACUGGACAGCUUCUAGCUUUUCCUGAUGUAAAUGCAGAUGAUAAAGUUGUGGAUGAAGGUACACUCUGUUGGAACCUUCUAUCCUCACGGCUCUUUUUCGAUGCUCAAAUGAGUGAUGAGAUAAACAAGGCCAUCAAAGCACGUAUUCAGCGAACAUUAUCAAGCAUGAGGACCCCAGCUUAUGUGGGUGAAAUUACACUUACGGAGUUCAGCCUUGGAAAACUUCCACCUUAUGUGCAUGCGAUGAGAGUUCUUCCACUGGAUUUAAAUGAGCUGUGGGCCUUUGAAGUUGAUUUUGAAUAUUCAGGCGGAAUAUUGUUGGACAUUGAAACGAGGCUUGAGGUUGAGGAACCAGAGUUACAAAAGGACCUCAUGAAAACCAAUUUCGGAACAGACUCUAAUGGGGAGGUUGACUCAGAGCUUCUUGAGAGUAUUGAGCAGUAUGGUAACCAGUUUAGAGGUUCACAGAACUCAGUUUCUUCAGUGGAAGGAAAAGACGAAGCAGAUGCUAGUCAGUCCAAGAGCACUGGAUGGACAUCAACUUAUAUAUCAAGGUUGAAAAAUAUGUUGCACUCAAUAGCCGACCAUGUCUCACAGGUUCCACUUUCUCUGGCGAUAAAAAUCACGUCCUUUAGAGGUACCUUGCGCAUACAUCUGAAGCCCCCUCCGUCGGAUCAACUCUGGUAUGGAUUCACAUCUAUGCCUGAACUGGAGUGGGACUUGGAAUCUUCCGUCGGAGACAGGAAAAUUACCAACAGUCGCAUCGCGUCAUUUAUAGGUAACAGAAUCAAGGUUUCGCUCCGUGAUAGCUUGGUGCUUCCAAACUGUGAAUGCAUUUCCAUUCCAGGGAUGCUGGCAGAGAAGGACGACUGGGUGCCCCGCAAGGAGGGACCUUAUAUCUGGCUCAACCACGAACCCACCGAGGCCAAAAGCCAUGUCGCAGCCGCCACACCAACCCAUCCUGAGGAAGCUGGUCCCAAGGAGGAUGCCAUCAGCAAAAGCAGAGCACCAAGUCUGCCUGCUUCCUCAGCCGGGAGCGAGGAGUCCCUGAAAUCCAUCGACGAGUCAGCCGAAGACCCUCCUGCAGAAGCAUCUCAUGCGCAGUCUCUCCUGGCUGAGACCGCCUCUCCUCCUCACCCGGACGCUUCCGACGAGCCGAGGAAACCGCUGCCGGCCACGGAGAAGCUCCAGGCAGACUCAUCGGAGAGCAGGGCGGGAUCCCCACCGUACACCUCCCUGAGGGCCAUCAUACCCGCGGGGGAACAGCAGCAGCAGCAGCAGGCGGUGGCGGCAGCAGCGGGCUCUGUUGGAGAUGAUGCAAAGCGGAAGAGCGGGAGGCGGAGCCGGAUGAUGGACCUGGGGAAGAAGAUGGGGGACAAGCUGGAGGAGAAGCGGCGGCAGGUGGAGGAGAAGGGCCGGCACAUCGUUGAGAAGAUGCGGGAGAACGCGAGGACCAAUAGCAUGGAGAGAACCACCUCCGCGUAG